CGGCCUAGUCUACGCGAGGUGAGGACAUCACGGUCAAGGUGCCAAGCGUGACCGGAGAGGCUUCGUACGGCCAGACCAGUUCAACGGCAAGUGAUGUUCUGUUGAUUAUGCUGCUCUCGACACGAGGCGAAUGCCUUGCCAAGCACCGACAUACAUCAUAUCACUUUCGAUGUUGCUUUUGUCGAUCAAGAGGUUAUAUAAGACCUGCAUGGCAUUGCGUUGUGACAAGAGAACCUCAAUCACAUCUACUGCCUCAUUCAGCUUGUUAACAUCAAUUGAACUCCGAGCAUUCAACCUUAUUCAUCAUCUACCACAAAAAUGAAGUUCACCCUCUCCGUUCUUUCGACGCUCGCCGUCGUCUCGGCAGCUCCCAUCGAGGACCGAGCAGUACCUUUCCAACAGGCUGCUGCUGCACCUUGGAAUGCCGGCGCCGUCAACGACUGGCAGAUUCACCCCAGCUGCAACGCUUCUCAGGCCCUUCAGAUCCGCACUGGUUUGGAAGAGACCGUGAAGCUCGCCGCACACGCCAAGAACCACGUUCUUCGUUGGGGAAAUGAGAGUGCUAUCUACCGCAAGUACUUCGGCAACAGUCCCUCGGCUGAAGUCAUUGGCGCUUUCGACUUGGUUGCCAGCGGCGACCGCGGCGGUGCUCUGUUCCGAUGCGACGACCCAGAUGGAAACUGCGCACCCAACCCUACCACUUGGGCUGGACACUGGCGUGGUAACAAUGCCACUGGCGAGACCGUGAUUUGCCCAUUGUCUUUCCAAAUCCGCCGUCCUCUUGUCAGCCUUUGCGGCUUGGGCUACAACGUUCGCCAAUCCUCUCGCGUCGUGUACUGGGCCUCAGAUCUCCUGCACCGCCUCUACCACAUGCCCGCAUUCGGCCAAAACUACAUUGAGCACUACGCCAGUGGCUACGACGGGAUUACCGCCGCUGCAGCUGCCGGCAGCUCCAACUCCACCCACGACUCCGAUGGCCUUCAAUACUUUGCGCUCGAGGCGUACGCCUACGACGUCGUUGUUCCUGGCGUCGGCUGCCCCGGUCCAAGCGGUAAGCUCGGUGCCACAAGCAGCGCCGCUGCCCCUGCGGCCACCUCCUCCGCCGCUUCUACGUCCUCAGGUGCUGCUGCUGCUGCCACCACCUCGCGUGCAGCCACCAUCUCGACUGCAGCUACUAGCACUGCCACUGCUGCCACUGCCGCCACCACCUCAGCCAUCCCUGCCAACUGCCACACUCACGCCGACGGUGCCAUCCACUGCGUCUAGAGCGUGCCCGCCAUGAUGGAUAACGCUUCAUGAUUGGAUUCAGGGUUCAUGUCGAUACGCGAUUACUUUG